GGUCCUUUUUGCUCCUUCCCAACGCGACUCCCACCGUCGAACGACAGAAACACCACAGAGAAGCUGCAGAAUGUCGUCGUCACCAUCACAGAGGACAAGCCCGGGGGACCAGUCGCGCAAGCGAAGGCGAUCAGUCUCGCCUGGCCCGCUCGGCGGCGGAUCAAGUCGCAAUGACGUCGAAGGCGCCCUCACGCCCAUGGAUGCCAGCACACCCGCUGCUCUUGCCGCCUCUACCCCAGGCGCGCUGAGCGGCCGGAGCAGUCCGCCACCUUCGAGUCUGCCUCCUUCGAGCCCGCCAAUGGCAUUCAGCGACCUGCCCGAUGAGGACGACGAGGAACGAGGCGUUCGAGACGAUGACAGAGAUGCUCGAAGGCUCGGAGACGAGUACGAUGACGAAGAGGAUGCCGAGGGCGAAGAUCUUUUCGGCCAAGGAAUGGAAGAUGACUAUACCCACAACCCCGCGCUCGACAACUAUGAUCAGGCGCUCGGCAUCGAUGAUGAUGCCUCGGUUGCCUCAAUGGACGCCACUACUCGCCGUAUGGCUGAGCUUAAGAUGCAGCGACGCGACCGAGCCGAAGGAAAAGGCCGCUUCGGCCAGCGAUCGCGUGCGCCUGCCUUUAUGCAGUCCGAUGACGAAGACAGCGAUGCUGGCAUCGUUGGCCGUCGCCGCCGUCGUCACUACGACGAGCGCCCAGACGACGAUGAGGCCGCUGAGAUCGACAUUCCCUUGGAGCAGCUCAACGACAUCAAGACCGACAGCAUCGAGAGCUGGGUGGCAAUCGAGAGCGUGCGGCGAACGAUCGCAAAGGAGUUCAGAAACUUCCUCGUCACCUACAUCGACGAGGCCGGUAACAGUGUUUACUCCGACAGAAUUAAGACGUUGGGUGAGCUCAACUCUGAGUCGCUCGAUGUGUCGUUCUUGCACCUCGUCGAGGCCAAGGCCCAACUGGCCUACUUCUUGGCAAACAGCCCCAUGGCCAUUCUCCCAAUUUUUGACGACGUCGCCUUUGAUGUCAUCCUCCUUUACUACCCCUCGUACGACCGUAUCCACAGCGAUAUCCACGUGCGCAUUGCCGAGCUGCCCACCACGUCUUCGCUACGCGAUCUUCGACAGGGUCACCUCAACUCUCUGGUCCGUGUCAGCGGCGUCGUGACGCGUCGCACUGGUGUCUUUCCCCAGCUCAAGCAUGUCCACUUUGACUGCCUGAGCUGUGGGGAGAUUCUUGGUCCCUACACUCAGAACUCCAACGAAGAGGUCAAGAUCAACUUCUGUUCCAAUUGCCAGAAGCGUGGUCCCUUCAGAGUCAACACCGAGAAGACUAUCUACCGCAACUAUCAGAAGAUGACGCUGCAGGAGUCGCCUGGUAGUGUUCCUCCCGGCAGAUUGCCUCGCCAUCGCGAGGUGAUCCUGCUCUGGGACCUCAUCGACUCGGCUAAGCCUGGUGAAGAGAUCGAAGUCACGGGCGUUUAUCGAAAUGGCUUCGACGCAUCGCUAAACACAAAGAAUGGCUUCCCCGUCUUCGCCACCGUCCUCGAAGCCAACCAUAUCUUCAAGCAUGACGAUGCCUACGCUGCUUUUCGCCUGACAGAAGAAGACGAGCGGAGGAUUCGCGCCUUGGCCCAGGAGCCUAACAUUGGCCAGAGGAUUCGGAAGAGCAUUGCGCCCAGCAUUUAUGGCCACGACGACGUCAAGACUGCCAUUGCGCUGAGUCUGUUCGGAGGCGUUCCUAAGGAUAUUGGAGGCAAGCUGCGGCUUCGAGGUGACAUCAAUGUCCUGCUCCUCGGUGAUCCUGGUACGGCAAAGUCGCAAUUCCUCAAAUAUGUCGAGAAGACAGCAAGCCGAGCGAUCUUUACUACUGGUCAGGGAGCCAGCGCCGUUGGUCUCACGGCCAGCGUGCGAAAAGACCCCAUCACGCACGAAUGGACGCUGGAGGGAGGUGCCCUGGUUCUCGCUGACAAAGGAUUCUGCCUCAUCGAUGAAUUUGACAAGAUGAACGACGCAGAUCGCACCUCGAUCCACGAAGCGAUGGAGCAGCAGAGCAUCUCGAUCUCCAAGGCCGGCAUCGUCACCACGCUCCAGGCUCGAUGUGCGAUUCUCGCCGCUGCCAAUCCGACUCGAGGGCGCUACAACCCGACGAUCCCCUUUUCUCAGAAUGUCGAGCUGACGGAGCCCAUUCUGUCGCGAUUCGACGUCCUGUGCGUCGUCAAAGACACGGUGGAUCCGGUCAAGGACGACAUGUUGGCGCGAUUCGUCGUCGGAAGCCACACGCGCAGCCACCCGCGCUUCGACGAGGCUAUCGACGAGGACCGCGUCGCAACGUCGCUCGACGCCGAUCUCAUUGAUCAAGACACACUGCGCAAGUACAUCAUGUACGCACGUGCUCACGUCCGACCCAAGCUCAACAGCAUCGACCAGGACCGAAUGUCGAGGCUCUACGCCGAUCUGAGGAGGGAGUCGCUCUCGACGGGAAGCUAUCCCAUCACUGUCCGUCACCUGGAGAGCAUGAUCCGUAUGGCGGAAGCCAGCGCAAAGAUGCACCUCCGCGACUACGUCCGACGAGACGACAUCGACGUCGCAAUUGCAGCGACUGUCGAGAGCUUUGUCAGCGCGCAGAAGAUGAGCGUGAAGCGGACACUCGAGAGGGGCUUCCGCAAGUAUCUGCACCAGAACAAAGACCAGCAUGAGCUCCUUGCCUUCCUUCUUGGCGGCAUCAUCAAGGACCGUAUGCGUUUCGCACACGCAGGUCGGGCAGCAAGACGCAGCGGCGGACCCAACGAUGUCGAGGGCCAGACGAUUACGGUGCCCGUCUCGGAGCUCGAGACGCGAGCAAAGGAGAAGAAUGUCUUUGAUGUACGAAGCUUCCUUGGUUCGAGGCUCUUCCGGGCAAACGAGUACGUCUUUGACGAACAGGCCAGGACCAUCUCGAAGCACUUUGGUCCAAAGAGACGGGCGGCGACGGCGCCAGCGGACGAGGACCUUUGAUCACAUACCUUAUCAGCUCCCUCUCGUGUAUAUUCUGCCCCUUUGUCACUCUUGUUUUCCGUUUUGUUCUCUUGACUUCUUCAUUAUAAUGCGAUGU